AUGAGGAAGAUUAUCCGAAUUCCGAACCGAUCUGUGUUGGCAGUCAUAUUUCUCUUCUGCUUGUCCUCUUCUUUCCUUUAUUUCAUUUAUGUGGCGCCAGGAAUAGUGAACACGUAUCUUUUCAUGAUGCAAGCUCGUGGCAUCCUCAUACGGGAGAACAUGCGCACUAUAGGAGCGCAGGUGUACGAGCAGAUGGUGCGAGGCGCAUACGCACGAAGGAAUAACAGCAUUAAUGACACAGAAUAUCCCAUCUAUUUCAGCAACAAUGACUCUUAUAUUCAGACUACGACUUUCCUUCCCGAAGACUUCACCUACCUGCCACAUCUGCAGUGCCCAGAGCGCCUUCCAUUCAUGAAAGGCCCCAUGGAAGUGAACAUGAGUGAAGUGCAGAUGAGUGACAUCCAGCAACCCUUUGAUAAAGACUCCAUGAAACUGGGUGGUCAUUGGAAACCCAGAGACUGUGUCCCACGCUGGAAGGUUGCCAUCCUUAUCCCAUUCCGGAACCGACACGAGCAUCUCCCGGUUCUGUUCAGACACCUCAUUCCUAUGCUGCAGCGACAACGUCUGCAAUUUGCCUUCUAUGUCAUCGAACAGACUGGAAAUCAGCCAUUUAACCGAGCAAUGCUUUUCAAUGUUGGCUUUAUGGAGGCAAUGAAGGAUUUGAACUGGGACUGUCUGAUAUUUCAUGACGUUGACCACAUUCCGGAGAAUGACCGCAAUUAUUAUGGCUGUCAGAAUAUGCCGCGGCACUUUGCUGCAAAACUGGACAAAUACAUGUACCUGCUACCUUAUAAGGAGUUUUUUGGAGGUUGUGAGCGGCCUCACGGUGGAGCAGUUCCAGAACAUUAAUGGUUUUCCUAACGCCUUCUGGGGUUGGGGAGGAGAGGAUGAUGACCUCUGGAACAGGGUGCAGUACGCCGGAUAUACAGUGACACGUCCGGAAGGGGAUAUUGGAAAAUAUAAGUCCAUCCCCCCACCACCACCGAGGAGAGGUCCAGUUUCUGGGGCGCUACACUUUACUGAGAAGAUCCAAAGAGCGUCAGAACAUUGACGGCCUGAACAACCUGAAGUACUCUCCGCAUAUUAGCUAUGAACAUUUAUAUAAGAACAUCACGGUAGAGCUAACUUCGGAGCUGGCUGUGGUGAGUGAUUACUGA